AUGAACCUGGAUCAGUCGCACGGCGGCGCAUUGAGCAAGUCUGCCCUGCAAGGUGGCGGCCUCACAGUCACGGAUACGCACAGGCCGUCUGCCCUUGAGGCCAUCGAAGCGCAACUCAAGGGAGUUGUGAGCAACAAGCAAUUCCAAGCCCUUGCGCGUGGCUCUGCCAGUGCAUCGUGGUGUGCCCCUCUGCCUCCUUAGGCUUCAUGCAGCCGCAUUUUGCUCGCGUGCACCUUGGUGGAAGCCACCAAGACAGCACAGAGACUCGAGAGUGAGCUGAGGGUGACAAGAAUGCGCAAGGGAUAUGUCCUGUCUGUACUGUUGGUGUGUGUGCAGGCGUGUUGUCGGCAUGGAUGCAGUCAGAGGCUCAGUCUGGCGAGGUGACCGGCCUGCUCCUCGUAUACGCCUCACAGCAGGCGGCCCUCUUGUUCGCAGAGGUAGGUAGAGUGAGUGUAUGACAGACACACAGACAGAUGGAGACACUCAUCUGUCUGCCUGUCUGCCUGUCUGUUGUUCUGUAGGGCCUCACUGAGCAGCUGUUCCGCCUGUUGACCAAGGUUGGCGACAUGCAGACACAAUCAGAGGUAGCAAGCGCAAUGGCCGACCAGACCAAUACUUGCAAAGAAAAGCUCGUCUGUUUUGCCUUUGUCGGCUCAACGACAACAGGGCAGCCCUGGUGAGGGGGUAGCGAAUGUCCGCAUCCUCCAAUUCACUGAGCUGGUGGGUGAGACCAGCCAGCCUCAGGGAGGCCAUCAUGUCUGUUGUGGUCUCUCUCACUCAGCACGGCGUUCGUCUGCUCCCCUUCUGGACCUCAUUCCACGUGCCGCCGCCAAAGGGUAACCACGGCACUGACACCACAAACCACGCACUUACUGCUGCCACGAUUGUCUACUACCUGGUGUUGCCCUCAGCGGCAGGUGGCGCGCAGGCUGGGGGAGACACGGGCGACGCGGAGACACCGGUCCUGGAAAAGGUAUGUACGCUGCAGGUGUGUUUUCGUGCCCGAAUCGUGCAUGGGGAGACAUCCAGGGUGUCCUGCUCGUGUGCAGGUGUGGGAGAUGUACCGUAAUCUGCUCAUCCUUGGCAGCAAACUCGGCGGCGAAACGGUCAGUCACGUACAAGGAGAGACGACCGCGGACAUACGAGGCGAAUCUGGUCAAUUUCUUGCCUGCCUGCCUGCAGAAACACAGCGCUGCUCAUGUGCUGAAAAACGUGAGAUGAACACGGCCGGCAGAGGAACGUUUUGUGUGCGAAUGUGUGUGUGUGUGUGUUUGUGUGUGGGCGGCUGGGCUGCGUCAGACCCCGCUGCUGCCGCCUGGUGAGGUGUUGGGCGAGCUGCUGAGCGGCGAGAACCACGAGGAUGCCCUCAUGUCCUACGAAGGUGGGCAAUGGCCUCACUACACCCAUGGCUGGAUGGGAUGGACGCAGCUGUCUCCUCUGCCUUUCUGUCUGUGGACUGGAUGCUUCUAUGCGUGUGUUGUGUGUCUAUAAUAGAGUUUGCUGACGUGUUCAUGUCUCCGUUCACACUCGUGCUCGAGAGUGAGCUGCUGUGGCCCAUGUUGUGACUCGCUAAUGCCUUUCCAUGCCAUGUAUGCUUCGAUGAAUACAAUGCACUUCAUGGAUGGAUUGAUGCCAGCACACACACGUGCAACUAAAUGAGUGAGUGUCUUUCGAAUAAGUCUUUAUCUA